AUGUCCCCUUACAGGUUGAUUUUUGGCAAAUCUUGCCACUUGCCGGUCGAAAUUGAACAUAGAGCCUAUUGGGCAAUCAAACGCUGCAAUAUGAACAUGGAAGAAGCUGGCAAGGCAAGGAAGCUACAAUUGCAAGAGCUGGAAGAGUUGCGGUUAGAAGCAUAUGAGAAUUCGAAAAUCUACAAAGGGAAGACUAAAUUGUUCCAUGAUAAUUUACUUUUAAGAAAACAAUUUAUAAUUGGACAAAAGGUUUUAUUGUACAAUUCUCGACUCCAACUCAUGCCAGUAGAGAUCAAAAGUCUCAAUAUAGGUAAGGUUUUCAAGGUGAAUGGGCAUCGGUUGAAGUUGAUCCAUGAGGAUGCAAAUGUCUCCUUUACGCUGAUUCUAUAUCUGAAGGAACCUAACAAGGCGUAUAGGGAAGUUCCCUCAAAUCCUUCUACUAUAUGCAUAACCACAUACAUUGGGGACAAU